AAAAAAUAACAUACUAAAUAUAUAAACAACUGGCACAUGUUCUCCGGCAUGGCGCUAUAUAUUGUUUGUUUGAUUUUGUUUUUGAUUCAAUUCGAAUAAGAUUUUUGCUUGAAACAUAUUUUGCAAGUGCAAGCAGAACAAUUUGCGGGUUCUAAUUUACAAUAAAUUAUUUCGUUCUAAAUUAUAAUACGUGGUGGUUUACGUUCUUGAUGAAAUUGAGUCACGAAACUGUGACCAUUGAGCUUAAAAAUGGUACACAAAUUCAUGGCACAAUCGCAGGAGUGGACGUUGCAAUGAAUACACAUUUAAAGUCGGUAAAAAUGACUAUUAAAAAUAAAGAUCCUGUUCAACUUGAAUCAUUAAGUGUCCGUGGUAACAAUAUAAGAUAUUUCAUAUUGCCUGACAGUUUACCUUUGGAAACACUUUUGAUUGAUGACACACCAAAAUCGAAAACGAAAAAGAAAGACAGUGGUCGUGCAGGAAAUCGGGGCAGAGGUCGCGGUACUCGUGGACGUGGUGGACCCCGCGGUCGUGGUAGAGGAAGACCUACUAGUAGACGUUAAGUUUAUAGCUACCAUUAAUUUCAGAAUAAACAAUUUGAAGUAAUAAAAGUUUUUAUUGUACACAGUAAAUAUAUCGUGAAUACAUAUUAAAUAA